GCCUUCCUUUGCCUACAGGGACCAACCUGCAGAACUCUUGGUAGCCGCCAGGAGACCAAGACCUAAAAAAGAGACUGAUGCCCAAGGUCACAUCGCUCGUGGGCGCACAGCGGCAGUUCCAAGGCCUCCCAUCGACUGCACAGGACCGCCCGGGGAAGCAUUUCUGCGCUGCUGGGACUCCGCCUGUCCCUUUGCAGCCCUCCCCACCGCGUCGCGCGUGCAGACCCAGCAGAGCCCAGGGGCAGCAAGAGCGAAAGGCUAGCGUUGUUCAGCGCACCCGGUCGCUUCGACCUCCCUCCCCAUGGCCAGGUCCCUCAGUCCCCUCCUCUGACCCCUCCCGUUCCUUCCUAGGCCUUUUCUGUUCCUCAACCUCGAUCCUCUGUUUCUGAUUCUUCUCUGUCCCCAAGUCCAGCCUCUCUUGUCCUCACUCUGGUCGCCUCCUCCCGGAUCCCCGCCACCCUCUCUGCGUACCGGGUGACGCAGCGCCGCCUCCCGCUCCCGCCUCCCCGCGCCACCGCCGAGCAGACUGCAGGGGCCGCUAACGGUCCCGCGCCCCCCGGCGUCCGCGCGCCCCGCGCCCGGCGGACGAGGCCGCGCCGGCGGCGAUGGGGGCGAUGGGGGCGGCGGAGCCGCUGCACUCGGUGCUGUGGGUGAAGCGGCAACGUUGUGCCGUCAGCCUGGAGCCCGCGCGGGCUCUGCUACGCUGGUGGCGGAGCCCGGAGCCCGGGCCCUCCGUGCCCGGUGCCGAUGCCCGCUCAGUACCAGUGUCGGAGAUCAUCGCUGUUGAGGAAAAAGAUGUCCACGAUAAACAGUCCUCCAGUGGCCGAUGGCAUAAAAUGGAAAAUCCGUUCGCAUUCACAGUCCACCGUGUGAAGCGAGUACGACACCACCGCUGGAAGCGGGCACGGGUGACCUUCUGGAGCGCCGACGAGCAGCUGUGUCACCUGUGGCUGCAGACCCUGCGUGAGCUGCUGGAGAGCCUGACUUCAAGACCAAAGCACUUGCUGGUGUUUAUCAACCCUUUCGGAGGGAAAGGUCAGGGCAAGCGCAUCUAUGAAAAAAAAGUGGCGCCUCUAUUCACCUUGGCUUCUAUCACCACCGAGAUCAUCAUUACUGACCACGCCAAUCAAGCCAAGGAGAUUUUAUACGAGAUCAACACUGACAGCUAUGACGGCAUCGUGUGUGUAGGCGGGGACGGCAUGUUCAGCGAGGUGCUGCAUGGGGUGAUUGGGAAGACGCAGCAGAGAGCUGGUAUUGAUCCCAACCACCCCCGAGCCGUGCUGGUGCCCAGUACCCUCAGGAUCGGCAUCAUCCCCGCAGGGUCCACAGAUUGUGUGUGCUACUCAACAGUGGGUACAAACGAUGCAGAGACGUCCGCUUUGCACAUCAUCAUUGGGGACUCACUGGCUAUAGAUGUGUCCUCCGUGCACCACAAUAGCACACUGCUACGGUACUCGGUGUCUCUGCUGGGCUACGGUUUCUAUGGGGACUUAAUCAAGGACAGUGAAAAGAAGCGGUGGAUGGGCCUCGUCCGCUAUGAUUUCUCAGGGUUGAAGGCCUUUCUCUCUCAUCAGUACUAUGAAGGGACAGUGUCCUUCCUCCCCGCACAGCACACGGUGGGAUCUCCACGGGACAAGAAACCCUGCCGGGCUGGGUGCUUUGUGUGCAGGCAGAGCAAGCAACAGCUGGAAGAAGAACAGAAGAAAGCCCUGUAUGGCCUGGAGAACGCAGAGGAAGUAGAAGAGUGGCAAGUGGCCUGUGGGAAGUUCCUGGCCAUCAACGCCACCAACAUGUCCUGUGCUUGCCCUCGGAGCCCCAGGGGCCUGUCCCCAUUUGCCCACCUGGGAGAUGGGUCUUCUGACCUCAUCCUUAUCCGGAAGUGCUCCAGGUUCAAUUUCCUGAGAUUCCUCAUCCGGCACACGAACCAGGAGGACCAGUUCGACUUCACUUUUGUUGAAGUUUAUCGAGUCAAGAAAUUCCACUUCACAUCAAAGCACGUGGAGGAUGAGGACAAUGACUUGAAGGAACUAGAGAAGCAGAAGUUUGGGCAUAUCCGCAAGGACAAGCCGCCGUGCGCAUGCUCAGCCUCCAGAAGCUCCUGGAACUGUGACGGGGAGAUCCUGCACAGCCCCGCCAUCGAGGUCAGGGUCCACUGCCAGCUGGUGCGCCUCUUUGCUCGGGGAAUCGAAGAAGAGUCCUAAGCAAGAAUCCCAAAGCCCAGGAGCCGUCUGCCUUGAGCUUGGGGAGUGUGAAAAUUCCUUAAGAAAAAUUCGACAGACCAAUUAUGUUGAUAUAUCCAUUUGAAUUUAGAAAUUUAUUUUUGAUAGGUAAAUCUUGGUUUUUAGAAAAGACAGCUUUGUCAACAAUUCUGUAUCCAUACCUGGCACCCUCGGCUCCGCGCACGCGCACUUCCGUGUCGCUCUUCACCUGUUCUCAGCAAUCGGCGCUUGCUGGUUCCGGGCAUGGGUUUCCUAGCUUUUAGCCAUGCCGACCAUGCAGAUUUCAAGACGGCCCUUUAGUGGGCUACACUGCAAUAAUUUUAGGGACAUUAUAACAUGACUACGUCCCAGGAAUCAGGUUACACCAUCUGGACACACGGGUAACAACCCAGUCACCCCGACUCCUUUGGUGAUUUUCUCUGGAGUUGUCCGUGACCAGGUUUGGGAAGGUAGACUGCUGUCUUUGCCUUCGCUUUACAUCCACCUUCAUUUAUGAUCAGGAUGUCGCUAUGUGGCCCCUGCCGCACACCACAACUGUAACUCAGCGAGGUCCUCCGCACAGCUACACCUGCAGAUCGGGGGGCCAUGUCACUGCGAGAAGACACCCAGGGUGACGUCUCAUCCUCAGGAUCCCCACAUCCGCUGCCAUCACAGCUGCAUCUUGUGAGACAAUCCAGCAAAGCGCCCACUUGGAAGCUUCACUCUGUCAGCCCUGGUACCCUGCACACCCCGGCCAGGGCAGUCUGUGAAGCGCUGGCUAAGAGGAGGCUGUAUUUGGAAUCAAAGCACUUUCAUAGCUGGGUUUUGAGGGAGAUAGAAGGUGGCAGGGAUAGAGGGUAACUGGCACACACAGAGGGUACUUUGUGAGUUCGAUACCACCCUCAACCCGACUGUUACCAGCGGGAUGGUGGAUGAUCUCAGGUCACCCCACCCCCAGGAACCCUGGUGCAAGCCUUAUUCCUGGGUCCACAUCCAUUCUUCCUGCACCAUGGAUUGUGUCCCAUGUACUUAUUCACAGCUUCCUCCGCGUCCAUCUCAUCCUAUGUUCAAUAUAAUCCACGUCUUGGCUAUUUGCUGUCUCCACAAGGGGCGCUAGAUGCCCUGGCUGAAGCCCUGGGCUCAUGACCAGUUUUCCUCUGAAGGCAUUCCUGACCCAGGGGCUUCUCAGCCACACAUUAUGGCCUGUGCUGUGUCUACAGACAGACGCAUCUGAAAUGUGUGUAAAAAGGGUUUUAUGUGAAAUUCAAGACCACGCAGCUUAAACUUGACUUGCAAAUGGGGAAGGGCACUGACUGUUACAAGAGUAGGUUUUAGGUUCUGCUUUGGGAAAAGCAUGCGUCUCUUGCGGGUCCUGUUACUUGCUUAGCUGUGCGGAGUUCUGCGGGCUGCACCGCUUUCUAGGUGCUCUUUCACUGACCUCUGUUUUGAGGCGUACACGAAAUCCUGUUUAGUACUCAGUCCCAUCCAGACAAAAGAGCAGCUAUAAAGGAAGCGGCUAUGUUUAGGGACCACUUUAAAGGCAACUGUGUGGUGGUGCUAUUUAAUGAUUGUUGAGUAGAAAGCUCACUAGAAAGAAUAAAUGCACCUAGCAAUUUCUAUCCAGAUCUGUCCCUGGAUGGGCAGAGCCCAAAGGUACCAGACUAGCAGCUCUGUGAGUAGGUAGGCAGCCCUGGAGCAGUGUCGGGGCAGAUGCUCAGUUGGCCACCUCAAUGUGCCCCCUCACCCCUGUCAUUCUAGAGGGGACUGGGGCCGAGGCAGCUGUGGGUGCCCCCUGGAUCUCAGGAACUGCACUCUCCUCCGAGGAUUCAGGUCUUCACUGGCCUUGCCACAUGAUACCCAUGCCCUGGUCCACCCCCUGCCACUGCCAGUUCUGGAGGAGAGAUGCAGACAGAAGGUGCUUUGACGGUGCUUAGCAGUGCAAGCCAUGUCCGGAAUCUCAAAACUUGGCGCUAUCGUGGAGCAUGGUGAGUGUCAGAGACUUAGGACCCUUGACACGCAGGAUGGGGUGGGGACCCCGAUAUUCCCAACCAGUAGAGGUCUCCAUGAUGCUUUUUAGAUGCAAUAGCCCAACCUCCCUGGGUCUUAGGUAUUUUAGGAGAAAAAAAAAAAAAAAAAAAAAAAAAAAAAACAGGGGUAAAGGUUAGACAGUGGCAACUUAGGAUCCUGUAGGGGAUCCGGUCCGUGUUAGGGGAUCCGGUCCGUGUUUUAACUCCCACUGGUGCACACUAAUUAGGCAGCAGUCUUAUGCAGUAACUUAUUCUUGUUUCUGGAAACUAAGCAGCAGGAACAGGGGAGCCACUGGUUUCCCAGAGGCUGCUUCAUUCCUCAAUGCAAUCUCCUGGAGCUGCUGGGAGCACUGACUGGGAGCACUGACUGGGAGCACUGAUAAGAAUGGCCCAGUAUGCCUCCUGGUCUUGCUGGCUUCAAGAUUAGGAAAUGGCAUAUUUGAUCUGAUAUGUUUGAGAAGACAAAAAUAAAAAAAUAAAAAAUAAAGCUACUUUGGGUAGAAUAUGGCUUUCCCUCAA